AUGGUUUCCGCGGCCAGCGUUGAGAUGGGCUCGCUGCCCCCCCCCCGGAAUAUCCAGAAGCAGGAGUCGUCCCCAGGAGAAAAGGAGCAGGCUCGUCGUGCUAUGAUUCUUUCGUCGGUUAUGGAUGAGGGGUUGAAGAUGCUCAUGCAGUGUUCGUUCGAGCAGACGUAUCAGGCUGAUGCUUCUCGCGUUGAAUCGGACGCUCGUGUGGGUGCGCUGUCUCAGGCUGUCGAGUCUCAGAGCACGCAUUUGACGCAGAUACAGCAACGUCAGGAUAGUAUGGGCUGGAGGUUGGCAGCGCUCGAGGGCCACUGA